UUUGGGAGUCUAAUAGGAAGAAGAAGAAGCAACAAGCCCAUGGAGGAUCUUCAAGAUCAGCCAAUGAAAACCAAGGGGACAACUUUCGGGGCACCCGCUACGAGCACAUUCCCCUCUCGCUCGACUACGGCGUUCAGUCGCUGGUUCUCGAUCAUGGACCCACGCGGACGUCCAUUUACGGGAGUUUGCCGGUGAUCAAGGGCGAGGUGGUGAAGCACAUCGAAGUUCUUGACCCAGAGGCGACCACCCUGCUUGAUGUGAUGGUCAAGGGUGGGGAGAGGAAUAAAAGCGGUCGCUGCCUAGGAGACAUCAACUCUAGCCGCACCGGCAUGACCUGGCUCAGCUUUCCCGAGGUGCUGAAACGCAGCAAGCACCUGGCGGACGGCUUCUUGCAGCUCGGCCUGAAACCAGGCCCCAGCUCAAAGGUGGGCAUCUUCUCGAAGAACAGCGCCCAGUACCUGAUCACCGAGCUCGCCUGCUACCGCCACUCAAUGGUGGGCGUGCCCAUGUACGCCAGCUACGGCGCAGAGGUGUGCGGCUUCAUUGCCGGUCAGUGCGAAAUUACCACCAUCUACGCAGACACGGUGGAACGG